AUCUGAGUUGGCCGAAGAUGGAUCUUAGUCACCCUUUUGACCAGUUCUUGCAUCAUUUCAUCUCCCUCUCCCUCUGAGUUGUUGCAAUUAAGGCAUACACUUCAGAAUCUACUGGGAGAGCAUUCAUCUCUUUCCUUUUGAAGCAACAAGAAAGUGGUCACACUUUACAGAGAGAGAGAAGGCAGAGGGAGGUGUCUUGUCAGACCAUGAAAAGCGAAAAAAGCAUAUAUAGGGUGUGGGUUGAAAGGAUUUUCGCGAAUUGAGAGCUUAUCAGCAAAAGGGCACGAGUGAAAUCUAGUAAAAGAUUGUACUUUUGCCGGAAAGGUACGAUUUUUAUGCUCGUGAAGAAGGAGAUCAUGGAGGAUAUAGUGGAGGAGGAGGGCGAGAAUCGCGGAGAGGAAGUGCUGGGCUCGAGCCUGACCAUGGAGAAAGUGGCUGCAGCGAAGCAGUACAUAGAGAACCAUUACAGGACUCAGAUGAAGAACAUUCAAGAACGAAAAGAAAGGAGAUGGGUGUUGGAAAGAAAAUUAGCUAUUUCAGAUGUUCCCAAGGAAGUGCAAAUCGAUCUGAUAAAAGAUUUGGAGCGGAAAGAGACAGAAUAUAUGCGACUCAAAAGGAACAAAAUAUGUGUGGAUGAUUUUGAGCUUUUGGCAAUAAUAGGAAGGGGAGCUUUCAGCGAGGUGCGAUUAUGUCGGGAGAAGAAGUCUGGCAAUAUAUAUGCAAUGAAGAAGUUGAAGAAAUCCGAAAUGCUCAAGAGGGGGCAGGUGGAGCAUGUCAGAGCAGAGCGGAACUUGCUGGCAGAAGUUGCCAGCCAAUUCAUUGUGAAACUGUACUACUCAUUUCAGGAUGCAGAGUACUUAUAUUUGAUUAUGGAAUAUCUGCCCGGUGGAGACAUGAUGACCUUGCUUAUUAGGGAAGACACGUUAUCCGAAGAUGUGGCCAGAUUUUACAUAGCUCAAAGUGUUCUGGCAAUAGAAUCCAUUCAUGAACAUAACUACAUUCACAGAGAUAUCAAACCUGACAACCUUCUCCUCGACAAAAACGGUCACAUGAAGCUCUCUGACUUUGGCCUUUGCAAGCCUCUUGAUUGUACAACUUUAUCUGCAAUUCAUGAAAAUAAGAUGAUGGAAGACGAAAAAUUGGCAGAGCCAAUGGAUAUUGAUCAAUGUUCAACUGGUACAAACUGUGGGAGUAGUUGGAGGAGCCCCCAUGAACAGCUUCAGCAUUGGCAGAUGAACAGGAGGACCUUGGCUUUUUCGACAGUUGGAACACCCGACUAUAUUGCUCCAGAGGUACUACUGAAGAAAGGAUAUGGCAUGGAGUGCGACUGGUGGUCGCUUGGAGCAAUUAUGUAUGAAAUGCUUGUUGGGUAUCCACCUUUCUACUCAGAUGACCCAAUAACUACAUGCAGAAAGAUUGUUAAUUGGAGAAAUCAAUUGAAAUUUCCGGAAGAUGCAAGAUUGUCCCCUGCAGCAAAGGAUCUCAUUUGUCGGUUGCUUUGUGAUGCUGAGCAUAGGCUAGGUUCUGCAGGAGCAGUGCAAAUCAAAGCUCAUCCUUGGUUCAGCUGCAUCCAGUGGGAUAGACUUUAUGAAAUGGAGGCAGCAUUCAAACCGGAGGUCAAUGGAGAGCUUGACACUCAGAACUUCAUGAAAUUUGACGAAUUAAAUCCUCCAACACCUUCAAGAACCAGAUCAGGACCCUCCCGGAAGCUGCUUUUGACACCCAAAGAUCUAAGCUUCGUUGGCUAUACAUACAAGAACUUUGAUGCCGUGAAAGGAUUGCGUCGUGCUUUUGGUGAUCCUAGGGCUACACACGGUUCCAAGGUGAGUACCGACGAGACAGAGGUGCAUAUGCUGGAAACAUCAGGUGACGCCAUGUUACCAUGAACCUGCAAGAUGGUGAUUUCUCCAUGCUGCUGUUGCCUUUGCCUCUUAGCCGUGGUAGAUGAAUCGGUGGUACUAAGGAGGUUUUCAUAAAGAGAGUUUGUAUAUUCAUUCUAGGACAGAGAUGGUGAUUCAAACAUGUGCUGACUGCCCAGGUUGGUAUAGUGACACACUUGCCUUCUCUAGCGGCAGUUUCUGGUACUUCACUACUAUUCGUGGAAUUACCUAUUGAGUCUUGCCCUUCUUUUUGAGCAUCUGAAGUUGUUGGAAGCAUCAAUGCUAUUAAAUUUUUCCCGAUGA